CCCAUCAUCUCUCCGCAGGCACACGUUGAACUAACCGUCGAGCAGAUAGAGGAGACCCUCAGCUAUUUCUUGCUAUGUGCUGACAGAGUUGGACAGAUGACUAAAACCUACAAUGAUAUUGAUGCUGUAACACGACUACUUGAAGAGAAGGAACGAGAUCUAGAGUUAGCAGCCCGUAUUGGCCAGUCCCUCUUGAAGAAGAACCGGAGACUGACCGAACAGAAUGAUUACCUGGAGGAGCAGGUGCUAGCAAUACGGGAAGAGGUUGCUCAGCUGCAUCACGAGUUAAACCUGAAGGAUGAGCUCUUGCAGUUUUACACCAAUGCAGCGGAAGAAAGUGAGGAGGACAGUGGCUCGCCAAAUAGGCAUGGCCACGGUGGUGUGGCAGCUCCCAGUGGCUCUGCCAUGGACACAAUGCAGCGGAAGCUCAAAGAACUGGAGGAGGAAAACCUGUCACUCAGAACAGAGGCAUCCCAUUUGAAAACAGAGACAGAGAGCUACGAAGAAAAGGAGCAGCAGCUGGUUCAGGACUGUGUGAAGGAGCUCAAGCAAUCCAGCCUUCAGAUCUCCACAAUAGCUGAGGAGCUUGCAAAGAAGACUGAGGAUGCCUCUCGUCAGCAAGAAGAGAUCACCUACCUGCUGUCCCAAAUUGUGGACUUGCAAAAGAAAGCAAAAAUGCAUGCAGUGGAAAAUGAGGAGUUGUCUCAGCACCUGAGUGCAGCCAAAGAUGCCCAGAGGCAGCUCACCUCCGAGCUGGUGGAUCUGGAAGAAAAGUACAUGGAGUGCAUUGAGAUGCUCCACGAGGCACAGGAGGAGCUGAAGAACCUCAGGAACAGGAGUGUGUCUGCUGGAACCCCUCGCCGAUACCAUCCCCUUGGACUCUUUCCCAUGGACUCCUUGGCUGCUGAGAUUGAAGGAUCCAUGAGGAAGGAGAUGAGCCAGGAUGACCCCGAGUGUAAAGAGAGAAAGGUGCAUCAGAGAAGAGUCUUUGAGACGGUGAAAAACGUCAAUCUGAGCGUUCGACAGCGCAGUCCAGCUCCUCCUCUCUCCAACAUCCCGGGCUCCAAUCAGAUGCUGUGGUCCCCUCUAAAUGCUUCUUUCUCCAGUGGUCUAGCCACCCCUCUGUCUGGCUUGGGGGACUCAAAGACUUCUUGUGGUAGCACUGUUGCCCUGGACAACCGUACACAGAGUCUCCUUCAGGAGGGAGAGUCCACUCCACUCAGUAGCCUGGACAAUCCAGAGAAACGCUCGAGCUCCGAGGACCUGAAACUGGCAUUGCGUCGGCUGUCUCUGAGGCGACAGAACUGCCUGAGUGAGCGCCGCUUCUUUGAAGAGGAGCGUGAACGCUGCGGUAUCGGUGGUCUCUACUCCCAGGACGGCCCCCAUUACGUCAAUGGUCUGGUCCACAGCGACAGCAUCAUGUCCCUGGGCUCCCACCAGUCCUGGGCCGGACGCUCCUACCUGCCCGACAAACUGCAGAUCGUGAAGCCCCUGGAAGGCUCCAUGACACUGCAGCACUGGCAGCAAUUGGCGCAGCCCAACCUGGGCGGCAUCCUUGACGCUCGGCCAGGUGUGGUCACCAAGGGAUUCCGUCCACUCAACCUCGAUCUGGAGGAGGUGUGCCACUACGGAGACUUUGACGAGGACGAGCCCGGGGAGCAGUACUUCCAGAACCUUCCAACUACCUCCACGCCCUCCAACUCUUCGACCUACAGCCAUGCCACCGCCACCAUUCCCUCGGCUUCGCCUUCUCUUUGCCCAAGCACUGGGCCAGCCUUGAACACCGAUAUCUCAGUCUACUAUCCUGGCAAGUGCAUGGCCCACACCAGCUCCACUUACACUUUCACAACCUGCCGAAUUCUUCACCCAUCCGAUGAGCUGACUACAGUCACACCAAGUUUGAAUCCCAUCCCCACCUCCUCCUUCGGCCCCUGCAGCGCCAGCUUGCGCUCCACCCCCGCCGCCACACCCUGCACCCCGCGCCGCAUGAGCCUCUCGCAAUCGCAGUCCUUCACAAACCUCCGCGACUCCACCAAGACCACCAGCACCUCCCUGGGCCUGGUGCGCCUCCUACAGGAGAGGGGCAUCUCGGCAGCCGUCUACCAGCACCAGAGCUGGGACCGCAGUGCCGGAGGGGGAGGGGGUGUCCUCUUCUCUACAUCUGUGGCUCCUGUUGUAGCCCCUGUGGACUCCCAGAGGCCGACCACGCCACCCAACUCUCCUGAGCACGAUUCUCAAAGUCCUGGCUCGCAGGACGGAUCAUCUGACUUCUCGUUCAAAAGCCCUCUGGGCGAGAACUUCCUGGCAUCGCGGCCCGCUCGCUCCAUACUCAUGGACGUAGCGGCUGGAGGAGGAGGAGCAGGAGGGGCAUCACAGGCGGCGCGCGACUGCGAGAGCCAGACGGACGUCACCGUCUACAACCUCAACCUGGUGGACAAGCUGAAGCGUCUGGGCCUGGCCAGCCCCGUCAGAGGUCAGUCGCCCGGGGGCGGCGGUGGCCAUCGGGCUGCUCCUCCCAUCCUGGGGGCCCUCGGCGGGCUCCGGCGCUCCGGUUCACCCUUCUCGUUGAACGAGGGCAUGCGGAGGAACCGCAGUUACCCAGUCAUGGUGGGCGCCAGCAUGGCCAUGAAGGGACCUGGGCCCCAGAAUGAGAAUGACAGCAUGCUUCUGGAACCCAAACUACCCAAACAGAGCAGCCUAAAGUAAUCGGAAUAUGCUUAUGGAGCCCAAAUUGCCCAAACAGAGUAGCCUAAAGUACUGAAAAUAUGCUUCUGGAGCCCAAACUAUCCAAAAAGAGUAGCCUAAAGGAACCAAUCCACCCACAUGUAUAGAGAACUGUAUAGAUCCACUGUGUAUGUAGUGCAUAGCAGUAUAAACACACAUAAUGUACCUCAACACAGUAUCAAACUCCUGAAUGAUUCCUGUAUGACAUGAAAGCUGGAUAUAUCACUCACAAGUACUCGUACUAAGAAUAUGCUUCUGGAGCCCAAACUGCCCAGAGUAGCCUGAAGUCACCACCCAGCCACAUGAUUUUUCCACUAAAUGUACUGUAGGUAUAAAUCCACUGUGUGUGUACUGUAAACAGAGAGGAAAUACUUUUAUUUUUAUUUAUUUUUAAUUUAUUCAUUCCUCUCUGCUGUAACCCAACAGUUUCAACACACUCAC